AUUUGCAUUUAAACAAAUAGAUAAAGGUCAUUUUGACAAGCUGCCUCCUUAUGACUGCAGUGUGAGGUGGCAUGUUCCAUGUGUCCCUGCCCUCCUGACAGCGUGGUUAAAGCUCCCACUGUGGCACGCCACUCAGUAUGGUCCUGCACACUGGGAUAUAGCUACUGUAGGCAAAUACAGCAGAGGGAGAACAGAGAGGCCUGUGUGUGUGUAUGUGUGUGUGUCACACCGCUCAACUGCAGCAUCAUGGACACAGAAUAUUCUAAGAGGGUGUACCAAGGCGUUCGAGUCAAGCACACAGUCAAAGACCUGCUGGCUGAGAAGCGAUCCCGACAGACAAAUGGGCCCAGAUACAGCGGAGGAUCGACCACUCCGCCUUCUUUUGUCCAGAUGCCAGGGUCUCACAUGCUGCCCAGCUACUACGGCAUGAGACGUCCGUUUAUUUCCGACUCAGAGUUCUGCCCGUCCACCAAGCAGUACUCCCCCGACGUCUACUCCUCCACCCUCGGGGGUAAAUCCCUGGGCUGCGAGCCCUCCUCCAUGGCGAGCUACUCGUCCCUCAUCGACAGCUACUACCCGGAAACCUUCGGCGACUAUCGCAGCGCCGCCACCUUCUCCAGCUCCGGAGGGUCCUUCCUGCCCUCGUCUGCCCUCUCCUCCCUGCUGCCGCCUUUCAGCACGGAGCCCUCGCAUUUAUUUCUGAGAGACUCAUGGGAGCAGUCGGUCCCAGAGCCAGCAUCCCAGGUUGAGCCUCUCUGUUCGGAGAGCCUGGCCCCCGUCAGCGUCCCACCCUCCAUGCCGAGCCCCGAACCCCCGGGGAGCCCCUCCCAGUACCGCUCUCCCAGCCGAGGCUCCUCCAUGGGCCCCGUCUCCAGCGGGCAGCCGUACACCCUGCACCCUCUGGAGGACGCCCACUACCACCCACUGACCACCAGCAGCUCCUACCCCAUCCCUUCCUCCACCUUCUCCUGCCCUUCUUACAUGAGCAGCCCCGUCAGCGACCUGGUGUCUAAGAUAGUGACGGAGGAGGCGACGGACGCCCACAGCAGCCUCCCUGCCAGCGCCGACCCUCACUCCUCCUGGGCCAAAGAGGACGGGGUGAACUCCUGGUCGCCCUAUGAAAUCAGGAGGGCCUACUGACCAGAUCAGAACAAUUUAGAGAGAGAAUGAGUUUCUACGGACUAUGAACUCAAGAAAUACUCGAUAUCCUGACUAUUUAUAUUGUCAGUCUGUUCAUGUUUAUUUCUAAAAUAGAAAAACCACCCAGUCAUGGAGACUUUUUGUAAAAAAAAAAAAGAAAAAAAAGAAAAGAAAAGACAAAGGAAAAAAUAGUGUGUUGUUUUUGUCUGUAUGUGUGAAAAAGAAUGAGAAGUAUGUAUAAACUUUCUUAAACUUAAAG